AUGGCCAGAAAGGCGGCUGUAAAGUAUAGAUCCCUCCGGUCAAACCUGGUCAAUCUUCCGCUCUCCCUCUAUGCCCAGCUGGGUCAGCAACAAGCUAGGCCACAGGGACUUAUCCUUCACCUUUCACCGCUAUCAGUCUCCUCCUCUUCGUCUUCAAGGCAACCCAAAGCUGCGUACCUGGGAUGGUCGGGCUUGAACGCGGCGGUGUCUGCUUCGCAGCUCGCAGAUGGGCUGGAGAGUGUGGAGGUGGAUCCUGAAGUUGCCAUGUCUUACGGCUGGAGCGAAGGUGCUAUACUCGAAAUAUCAGUGAUACAUAAUCCUACUGUGGCCAGGUCGGUCGCUGUAACACCGCUUACUUCGGAUGACUGGGAAAUUCUCGAACAACAUGCGUCUUUCCUCGAGAACAAUCUCCUAUCGCAACUCCGAGCUGCUGUCAAAGGGCAAGAGAUAGACGUCUGGGUCAUGGGCAGGACAAAGAUCCGGAUACGAGUCGAUGACACGGAUCCUGGUGCAAGCAACAGCGCUGUCUUGAUCAAAGCCGACACUGAAAUACACGUCGCCCCUCGUCCUCGCACAUCCCAACCCACACCUGCAGCUUCUUCCAUCUUGCCGCAGCCGGCUUUACGGAAGACUUCCCUUCCAAAUGGCGCAGCAAAAUCAGAAGGGAGCGGACGUCCGUUCCAUUUGCGGUUGGUGCCUCCUAGCAUAGCGGGUAGCUGGGGAGACUUUGUACCGGCACCUCAGGCGCUCGCAGAAUCUGGGGACGGAAGACUCGCAGUCUGUUCGCCCUUUACGAUCUCACAAGUCUGCCAAAGCCUUUCCCUUCCACCCAAUUAUCAGAUUCUCCAUGUGGUCAUUUGCUUGCACGAACUUGCCCCCGAAAAGCCUCCCGGACCAAUAUUGGUAGAAGAAGAAGCGAAGCCAAAGAAAGAGGUGAGGGUGGUGUUGACGGGUUGGGAAGAGAUACCAGAUGGGCUUGUUGCUUUUGCUGGAAAGGUCUUUGAUUGGAUGGUGGGGUGGGGAGAGGUAUUGGUGUCUGGGGCUGAAGGGAAGAUCAAGAAGCCAAAAGCAGGCAAGGGUGGACGUAUACCAAGCAUCUCUCUCCCGGAAGAGACGACACAGCGAAACAUUGGAUUUGACAAGAUCACAGAAACAGCUCUGGGCUAUCUUCAACGCUCAUCUAUCUCCGGGCUGUCAAAGCCCCUGUUACUCUUGGGCGCGAAAGGCUCUGGAAAGACUCGUCUCGCAAAGGCCCUCGCAGAUUUGCUCGCGAAAGACAUCAGCAUUGUCGCUCGUCCGGUGUACGAAGAUGUCGGCAAACUCGACCCUGAGGAAAGGAUCGCAAGCAUCAGAGAAAAUAUGGACAAGUGGUUGGAAGAUGCUUCUGCUUCUGCACCAAGCUGUCUUGUGCUAGACGACUUGGAUAGCUUGAUCGCUCCUGAAGCAGAGUUGCAAACGUCAAGCAAUUCGCCGAUCCUGGCAGACUAUUUUACCCGCCUGUUCUCCCCUUCCUCCAUCCCUCCCGGCGUGUUGGUGAUCGUCACAGCGCUAGACACAUCUACGCUACACCCGCUCUUGAAUACGAGGCACAUCUUUGGGGAGACGGUCAAGGUCCCGGCAUUGACGAAAGAGGUCAGGGAGGAGGUUCUGAGGGGGCUGGUGGAGGAAUCUCAGAGGACUGCAGAUGGGCUAGUGAAUGGAGUGGAGGGUGGAGGAGAGGAAGAAGAGGAGGAGAUGGAUUAUGUGGUGCUGGGCGGCAUGACUGAAGGGUAUGCCAUGUCGGACUUGAACGACCUUCUAGUUGGGGCAACCCAGCAAGCUGUCAUCCGAACCACCAAAAGCGGCGAGACGAAUGUGAUUUUGACAAUGACGGACUUUAGGCUGGCGAAGGAAGAAUUUACGCCAGUGGGGUUGAGGGGUGUAAAAAUGCAAGGGUCGGAGGUGGAAUGGAAAGAUAUUGGAGGUCUCGAAGAACCCCGGCGCAUCCUCCGAUCGACCCUCGAGCACCCCACCAAAUACGCCCCUAUCUUCGCUCAAUCCCCUCUUCGUCUUCCCUCCGGCCUUCUACUGUACGGCUACCCAGGCUGCGGCAAGACCCUCUUAGCUUCAGCGGUAGCGAAAGAGUGCGGUCUGAAUUUUGUGGCGGUGAAAGGGCCCGAGGUGUUGAACAAGUAUAUAGGAGCGAGCGAGAAGGGUGUCAGGGAUCUCUUCGAGAGGGCUCAAGGAGCGAGGCCCUGUGUCUUGUUCUUUGACGAGUUUGAUAGUGUUGCCCCGAAGAGAGGCCACGAUAGUACAGGUGUAACCGAUCGAGUAGUGAACCAGCUCCUAACAGAGAUGGACGGCGCCCAAGGUCUUUCAGGCGUAUACGUCCUCGCAGCCACCUCCCGCCCCGACCUGCUCGACCCAGCUCUCCUUCGUCCCGGCCGUCUCGACAAAGCUAUUCUCUGCGACAUGCCGUCCCCAAGCGAUAGGCUGGGCAUCUUGGAGGCGGUGGUGAAGAAGGGCGGGGUGGAGCUUGGGGUGGAGGUGGAUUUGGAGGAGAUUGUGAGGAGGACGGAUGGAUUCUCGGGGGCGGAUCUGCAGGCGGUGAUCUAUAAUGCGCAUUUGGAGGUCGUGCAUGCGUCUUUUGAGCGGGAUCUGGAGAAAGAGGAGAAGGGUAAAGCGUUGGUGAAUGGGUCGACAGGACAUGUGGAGAAGGAUAGGGGAGACUUCAAGCUGGUUAUGCCGAAGGACGGAGGGGAGCUCGGGUCGGCUGCUGCUAAGGCGGAAAUCAAGGCUCGAAUGGAGACUAUCGUCAGCAAUACUCGAGGUCUGGGCCAAGCCAAUGACGAGAAUAAGCCCAAGGAAUCGAUAAAGGCUGUGAUUCGCCAAAACCACCUGCUUAGAUCCUUAUCUGAAACCAGACCAUCCAUAUCAUCCGCCGAUAGAAGACGGCUGGAGUUGAUAUACAAAGCAUUCAUCAACGGGAGGGAUGGAAAGAUGAGCGACGGUGAUUCAGGGCAUGAGAUAGGGACGAGAGUGUCCUUGAUGUGA